CCGCGACCCCGAGUCCACAGGCUUGGGGCGCCCAUUCGGCCGCGAUCGGUGCGGGCCGCGAGCUGCAGAUGGGAGCCCGGGGCGCCGAAGAUGCGGGCGGAUGGGCGGAGACGCCGGCCCCUGAGCUUUUCCGGGAUGCCGCCUUCCCAGCCUCGAACGCCUCUCUCUUCUUCAACUUCUCCACGCCGCUGGCCCAGUUUCAGGAGGACUUCACGUGGCGGCGGCCCCAGGUGGGCCGGGUGGGCGCGGGCAGCCGGUGCCAGGCCAGGGUGCGGGUGGUUGUGAGGAUGCUCCUGUGCUCCGACCCACAGCGACUGGGAACGAGCCAGGGGGCCUGCGCAGCGCGAUUGGGGGAAAGGCAGCAAGUGGAGACCGUGCGCCCUGCUCAGUCUGGGGUCAUCUGGGGCCCUUCCUGCAGUGAUCCGUCUGAUCCUCACACAGGAGCCCAGGAGCUGGGGGAGUUCCACGCCUUCAUUAUCUCGGACCUCCGGGAGCUCGAUUCCCGUGCUGGCCAGGGCGUCCUGCUGCUCCGCAUCCACAAUCCCUGGGGCCGGCCGUGCUGGCGGGGGCGCUGGAGAGAGGGAGGUGAGGGGUGGAGCCUAGUCGAGGCGGCAGAGGCGACAGCACUCCUGUCCCAGCUGCAGGAAGGGGAGUUCUGGGUGGACGAGGAGGAAUUCCUUCUUGAGUUUGAUGAGCUCACCAUCGGCUUCCCGGUCUCAGAGGAUGGCCACCUGCAGAGCCUUCACUCAGGAAAGGCGCUGCCCCACACUCAGGUGCUGUCUGGGGCCUGGGUCAGAGGGCAGUCGGCUGGAGGGUGCCGAAACAACAGCAGCUUCCCCAGCAACCCCAAGUUCUGGGUGCGGGUCUGGGAGCCGAGCGAAGUGUGCCUGGCUGUCCUGCAGAGGCCCAGGGCCAGCACGGCUGACCGGGCGGGCCGGGCAGGGGACAACCAUGCCACACAGGGCCCAGCCAGCCUCCCGGGCAGGGACCUCCAGGCCGUGGGCCUACACGUGUGGAAGGUCGAGAAGCGGCGGGUCAGCCUGCCCCGAGUCCUGUCGGCGCCCCCCGCGGCCGGCACGCCCUGCCACGCGUAUGACCGGGAGGUCCACCUCUGCUGCGAACUCUCCCCGGGAUACUACCUGGCCGUGCCCAGCACCUUCCUCAAGGACGUAUCGGGCCAGUUCCUGCUGCGUGCCUUCUCCUCCGGGAGGGUCUCCCUCAGCGCCAUCAAGCUGGCUUCCAGGAGCCCAGCCCCCGGGGGUGCCCUCCCUGCGGGGGAGUGGGAGACUGUGCUGCUGCAGGGCUGCUGGCAGACCGGGCAGACGGCGGGUGGCAGCAGGAACUUUGCCUCCUACCCCAGCAACCCUUGCCUCCCCUUCUCGGUGCCCACGGGCGGGGGCACCCGCUGCGUCCGCAUCACGCUGCGCCAGCACUGCCAGGACGGCGCCUGCCACCCCAUCGGCUUCCACGUCUUCCAGGUUCCUGGGGGCGGUGGGAGCCAGGACGAGCCCUCCCCACUGUGUCAGGAGCCGCUGUCCAGCUGUGUGCCUCACCGCCACGCCCUGGAGGUGAGCCAGCUGUGCCGCCUGCCUGCGGGCACCUAUGGGGUCGUGCCUUCUACCUACCUGCCCAACACAGAGGCAGCCUUCACCGUCACCAUAGCGACCAGGAUAGACAGGCGGUCCCUCCAGAGUCGAGAGAGGCUGGGCCAGCUCCUUCAGGAGGCCUCCUUCACGGCCUUAAUGAAGACCUGACAAGGUGACCCCGUGUCUGCUCAAGUGACCAGGCUGCUGCCCACCCUCUGCUGGGCCCAGGGUACCUGCACACAGUGUCCCCGCCUCAGCUCUGCGGGGUCUGCCGACGGUGUGAAGGAUGCACCACCGUGGAGAGCAGCGAAGGGCCCCAGGGCACGGGAGGAGGAAACCGCCACGGCUGCCCAGAAGGCCUUGGGGUGGAGCAGGGCCUGAGAGAGGCAAGAACCUCAGCGCGGAGCCCCUGGGCCCAGACAGGAGCUUCACCACGUCCCAGCUGACCAUCUCGUUGACCAGAGAGAGGCCUUAUGCCAGGCAAGAGUGUUUGGCAACAAAUCUUGUCUUAACUUUUAAAUCAAAGCCUGUUGCCGUUGAGUCGAUUCCGACUCAUAGUGAUCCUUUAGAACAGAGUAGAACUGCCCCACGGGGUUUCCAAGGAGCAGCUGGUGGAUUCAAACUGCCCACCGUUUGGUUAGCAGCCAAGCUCUUAACCAUUAUGCCACCAGGGGAAGUGUUUUUAAGAGGUAAUUUUAUAAAUAAAGAAGCGGACACCAGGCCGUUCACAGAUUGCUCUUGUCUCAGAGCAGCCCCAGGGUUGUCAGCUGUCCAUAAGCCGGCCGUUGGGGGACAGAAGGGCCUCGCAGCUCCAGC